AUGGUUCAACACAUGAGGCAUCUGUACAUCACGGCAGAGAUUGUUGGUACCAAGGUUGGCCAAAUCAUGGUUGAUACUGGAGCAGUAGUCAAUGUCAUCACAACAAGAACCAUGCAUUUACUUGGGAUUAAGAAAGAGAAGAUCCAGUAUAUAUCUCUCACGCUCGCGGGGAUUGUAACGAAAACAUUGGGUUUAUUGUUCCUACGUGUCAAGGUAGGCCUCGUAGAAGGCGUUUAUGCUUUUUUCGUGACAGACUGCUACGCAGCUUACAGUGCCAUUCUAGGCAGGGAUUGGAUCCACCGAAGUUACUGUGUUUCGUCAACUCUUCAUCAGGAACUGAUAAUGUGGAACAGGGUAACAGACAAAGCUGAGGUGGUCAAAGUGGAUCCUCGCCCGUUCUCUGUUUCCACAAAUUAUGUAGAUUCCAGAUGCUUCGCGGAGAAAUAUGAAGACAUGCCAGGCCUGUCACCAGAUUUGGUAUGCCAUCAGCUACCCACACUCCCUGACAAGAGGCCUGUGAAGCAAGAGCCACGAAGAAUGAACUCUGAGACCCAAGUCCUGGUCAAAGAGGAAGUUGAAAAGAUGCACAAGUCAGGCAUCAUCAGGGUAGCCAAAUGCAAUCAGUGGCUAUCCAACAUAGUGCCAGUUCGCAAGAAGAAUGGUAAGAUACGGGUAUGCGUGGACUACAAAGACCUUAAUGUCGCUACGCCUAAAGACAUCUACCCCAUGCCGGUCGUGGAUAUGCUGGUAGACGCAGUAGCGGGACAUGAACUGUUGUCCUUCAUGGACGGAAUUGUAGGGUAUCACCAAAUUCAGGUCGCGGAGGAAGACAGACACAAGACCGCGUUCCGUUGCCCAGGGUUCGUGGGUGUUUUUGAAUACGUGGUCAUGCCUUUUGGACUAAAGAAUGCGGGGGCAACAUAUCAGAGAGCCAUGAACCUGAUCUUCCAUGACAUAUUGGGGAAGAUUUUGGAGGUUUAUAUCGAUGACAUGGUCGUGAAGUCUAAGAAGAGAGGAUACCAUAUCGUCGAUCUUAGAAAAGUCUUCGAGCGAAUCCGACAACACAAGCUCAAGAUGAACCCCACCAAAUGCGUUUUCGGAGUUCAGGUUGAUGACUUUCUAGGAUUUAUAAUCCACCAGAGAGGAAUUGAGGUCCUUGAGGACAAGGCCAGCGCAGUCAUCAACGCGUCUCCCCCGCGAACAAAGAAGGAACUACAGCGAUUGCUGGGUAAAAUCCAGCCAUUUUCUCCACUGCUGAAGCUGCGGGGACAGAACAAGUUUGUAUGGGAAACUAAACAUCAAGAGGCUUUUGACAAAAUUAAGGCCUAUUUAGCGAGCCCGCCAGUACUUGUUUCACCUAGAGCUGGAUUCCCAUUGAAGCUGUAUAUUUCAGCAGCUGAGGCUUCCAUCGGAAGCCUACUUGCUCAAGAUGACGAGGAAGGCAUCGAACAUGCCAUCUUUUACCUCAAUAGGACACUUACAGAUUGCGGAACAAGGUAUACUCCAAUGGAGAAGCUAUGUCUUACACUAUAUUUCUCAGCAUGCAAGUUAUGGCACUACAUGUUAUCCUUCACUACCUGCAUCAUUGCUCAAACCGACCGGGUUAAGUAUAUGCUGUCGCGACCUAUUCGGAGAGUUCGCAUUGGUAAGUGGGUGCUUGCCUUAUCCGAAUUCUCGCUACAAUACGUUCCACAGAAAGUAGUAAAGGGACAGGCUAUCGCAGACUUCCUAGCACAUCACCCUAUGGUGGCUGUCCCCACAACGAAAGAGUUAGAGAUAGCAACCACCACCACUCGACCAGAUCUGGCGCGCAUUCCAGAAUAUGUUGUAUGGUAUCAAACCACAGUCUCCCUUCAACCUUGGUUGGAGUUUAAGUGCACCAAUAACCAAGCAGAAUAUGAGGCCCUUAUUAUUGGCCUGGAGGUAUUAUUGGAACUAGGGGUGAGAGACAUCCAGGUUCGUGGUGACUCUUUGCUCGUGAUCAAUCAGCUUCAAGAGAAGUUUCGGUGUGUCAGUUGCUUGCUCGUACCAUAUUUGAAUCGCGUCGUUGAGCUCCUGGACCAAUUUGAUGACGUGGGUUUGGAGCACAUCCCUCGCGAGCGCAAUUUCGUGUCCAAUGAACUCGCCCAACUGGCUACAAAAAUUACAUUGAAAUAUGGGGUUCGCGAGCGCAUUCUAAAUGUUGGGCGACGCACGCUGCCUUCGUGGCUUGUGCGACCUGACCUGCCUGACGAGCCAAUCGUCAGGGUCCUGGAGCUUAUUGACGUAGAUUGGCGCAUCCCUUUGAUAGAUUACCUCAAGCAGCCAGACCCCAUUGCAGACAGGAAGAUACGUUUCCUAGCCUUGAAUUAUUUCCUCAGAGGCGACAAGCUACGUGGACGCGGUGAAAAUGGCAUCGAUUUCAGAUGUGUCUAUGGCCGCAAAGCAAAACGAUUAAUACGGGAAGUGCAUGAAGGCGUGUGUGGAGCCCAUCAACCUAUCAUUAAACCUUGGCCUGCGCGAGGUUGGCCUUUGGACUUGAUCGGCAUGAUUCACCCGCAUUCUUCACUCCAGCACAAGUUCAUCAUCAUCGCUACCGAUUUCUUCACUAAGUGGGUGGAAGCUGAGCCUUUGAAGGAGGCCUCCAGGGCCACCAUUCGCCACUUCAUCUUCCGCAAUAUUAUUUGCAGGUUUGGCAUUCCAGAGGUUUUGGUGUCUGACAGAGGGGCAGCGUUCAUGGGUGGUGAUGUCGAGAAGCUGGUCAAUGAUUAUGGCAUCCAAUUUAUCCAUAGCACGCCUUAUUACGCUCAAUUCAAUGGUCAAGCGGAGGCCAGUAACAUGAUCAUCAUUACUCUAUUGAAAAAACUGCUUGUGGAGAACCCUCGCCAGUGGCAUGACACAUUGUAUGAGACGUUAUGGGCUUAUCAUACUUCUAAGCGGAACCCUAUGGCCACCACCCCUUAUGCAUUAAUGUUUGGCCACAAUGCGGUUCUCCCUUUGGAGAUCAAUGUUCAAUCUCUGCGCGUCCAGGAUCAACAGCAUUUGAUUGGUGAAGAUUAUGUCCAGGCUAUGUGGAAAGAGCAUGAAGACCUUAGCGGGAAGCGCUUAGAGGCUUUAGACACCUUGGUCAUGGAAAAGCAGCAGAUCGCUCACGCCUACGAUAAGAGGACGCGUGGUUGCAGUUACAAGGAGGGUGAGCUCGUUUGGAAAGCAGUCCUUCCAUUUGGCGAAAAGUUGACUGGCCAUGGUAAAUGGACUCCUCGCUGGGAAGGACCUUUUGUUAUUCACCGAAUCCUGGAACGCGGGGCUUUUCACCUCAAAGAUUUAGACGGUGACCUCCACCGCAACCCCAUUAAAGGCAGGUUCCUCAAGAAGUAUUACCCCAGUGUUUGGGAAUUUGAAGACCCACCAGCGGUUCCUGGAACAGGGGGGCAACCAUAG